UUGGCAGUCACUUCAAUCACAAAACUCACCUGCCUCUUCAUGUAAAUGUGUAACUCGUCAAUGAAGAUGACUAGCAGCAUGAAUGUGAUGAUGGAAUUGAAAUCUUCUCGACGAACUCUUCAAGAAAUUGAUAAAUAUACGAAGAGGGUUAUAGUUUUUCUUGUUGGUGAAACGGGCAUUACAGCAAUCGUAACACCCAGUCUAUACUUACUACACGAAAAGAAACGUGAAUGGAAAACCAUUUUACUUACAGUUAUAUUAGGUUUCAGCAUUGUACUCGAAAUAGUUACCAUUUCGCUGCUUACAAUAUUGAAGUUAACACGAAGGUUUCCAACAAAUUUACUCCUGACAAUGUUACAUUCUCUUUGCAUAUCUGCUUUGUUCGGGAUUCCUUUCGCUGAUAUCAGCAUUUUGUGGCAUCUUGCAGUGUGGGGAGUAGCUUUGCUACUCUAUAUUGCAACUACAGCUGUUGGUGCAGUCAUUCGUAAUGAUAUAUUCCAUUAUUGGGUGUUGUGGUUAAUAUACUAUAUCGUAACUAUCGCUGUCACCAUAACCAUUGCCCUUCUUGUCUACCUUAAAUACAAAAUGAAUAAAUACGAAUUGCUGAUUAUUGGUGUAGCCGCGACUGUCGCACUAAUCCCUAUCGCACUGGAAUUCGGUCAAAUAACACUAGGAGAACCACAGUUCCGACUAUUCGACGCGGAUUACUGUCUGGCAUCAAUAUUCUCGCAUUCUAUGCUCAUCCUCUUUCUAGUCACAUGCAAUAUUGCCUUCACAGUGACAAAAAGUCAACAGAAUCAAACUCAUCACGUUUACGACAUUUUCUGAUAUUCUGUUCAUAUUUAACAAGCUGUUUAGCCUCCUCAUACAAGUGAACAGUUUCGAUGCACGAAUAAAUUUCUACUCAAGAA